AAUGUCUUUGAAAAAUCAAAAUCCGAAUUCGGCUGCGAAUCGGAGUCGAGUCGAAUAGAAGAAGCGCAUUGUUCCCCGAUUCCGGUUCCGGUAUUUGGACCUACUUUCCUUCCCUUACCCCGGCCAUACCAUACGCACGAUAUAUUCAUAGUUGAGUAUUCUUCUCAAGCGAUGUCUUCGAAGAACAAAGAAGAGAUGCCGCAAACACACUUGUCAUUGGUAGCCCCAAAGGAAUUGGUCUCGAGGGCAAAUUCCAUAAGAUGCAGGACCGGCCUGAAUGAAAUCUUGAAGGGGGGAAAGCUGUUGUUGCUCGCGAUGCUUUAAAGCCUUUUCUAAAGACAUAGUUCAAAUACCGACUUGCAACAUUCUGCUCAACUUCCGAUUGCCACUGGCUACAUCACUUAAUCAUGCGGAAAGGAGGCAAUCCGUUUACUUUGAACGCCAACGGCGAAGUGGCGAAAGUGUUUCUUAAUACCGAUGACAGGAAGUUUGCUAAAAUUCGGCUGGACGAGCUCAUACAGGUGCGAGAUGAGGAGUAUGGUAUCAAGCAGCCUCUGAGCACUCCACAGACCAAGGGGUCCGUCCCCUUUCGACCCAGGGCACUGAGCGAUCUCAAGAGCAGCCCAACACACCUCUUGUUUGCUCGGCUCCAUGAGGAGUGGGAACUUAGCGAUGCGUGGUACAGUUCUACCUUCAUGCAUUUGUUCACUACCAUCAAGUACUUCUCACAGAGAUACUUUGGAACGAACAUGUUCCUCGAGGGUUUCUCUCCUUGGAAAGAAGGCAAAUUCUCGCCAAUUUUUCUCGACUUUGUUCACCAAGUGGCCUGCCCGGAUCCCAUAGCCACCUGGGACUCUCUUUUAAUGGAGUCAAGCCAAAAGAGCAGCCUUGUAUGCGGCGUUUUCACUAAGGCCUUACUGGACACUGUCUUCACUAGCCUCUUGUUUGGGGCGUCUGACGAGCAAAUGACGCUCCUCAGAACUCACGACGAGACAACGCUCGACCUUGAUGGCUACAAGCGCACCGCGCGAAGGGGUGCCAUAGUUCGGGACUUUCUCGGAGACGACAUCACGACGCCGAGGUUCUGGGUCGACGUUGGUCAACUUUCUACCGAGAUUACUGAGAUGUUCUUGCCGUUGAUCAACUUGCAAGGUCAAGCAGCCCCUCACGAUGAUUGGCCAGAACUUACAGAGAUUCAUCAACAAAUCUUCCACAUCGUGUCGAUCGCCGCCUACUUGUCCAUCAUCAUCCGCCGUUCCGAGACUAUCAUCGACUAUUUCAUGGCGCCUCUGGGAAGCCAGUGGGGACCGACGCAUGUGGAAGAAAACAUCGGCAUAUAUCACAACUCACGAGUUGCCGUGGUAGCGCAGGAUGACCUUGAUGAAGAAAGGGCCAAGGUGGCCAAGAGUUUGGCCGAGGCACGAGCCAAAACGCUGUCAACGGGGUUGCCUUCACUCUACCGAGGUAUCAUGGGCGGUAACAAGGUUGUCGAAUACCGCCGGCCAAUUCGCACCGCCAAAGUCGGAAUUGCCAUGUUUCCACGCAUCAAGCGGCACAGGACGCUGUGCGACCCGGAGCGAUGGGACAAGUGGACAGCUGAGCACGAGUCCUUGGUAUUCAGGGGCCGGGUCACCUACUACUACGGCAGGGAACAUGACCCCCUGGGCUUGGAUCAGAAGCCUACGCUUGCCGAGUACCGAAUGACCAAGUGGGAGAAGCUUUGGGCAAACCACUACUCCCCGCGACACUGGCUACUGCUUCUGACACUUUUCCUGCUUGUGCUGCAUCUUUGGCAGCCUUGGAUCUUCCAAAACUUGACAGCGGCCUUGUAUGCGCUUGCUUUUCUAGUGUUUGUCACUGUGAAGAGAGUCUGUGAGGCAUCUAUUCAGAUAGUAGCAGGCCUUAUUGGAGAUAGAGCGCAGCCCACUCCACCCGGCACUGAGAGCGAAUAUGUGCAGACUUGAUCUCUUGUUAUCUUGUCUAUUCAUUUCCACCAUUUUCAAUAUAUUUUUUUGGCUUUUUUCUUCGAUGGUUGGGUAUGUUUCAAUUUCUUAGGUUAUCUUGUUUCUUUUGUUUGGUUACCUAUAGAGUUCUCCCUCUGAAGUUUUCUCUAAUCUGUUCCAAUGUGGCUACAUUUCUUUCAUUAUCAAUCGAUCACUGUCUAAUUAGUGAUAAUUAGAGAUAGUAUGCUGUCAUACCCCAUUUCGCCAAAGCAAGAUAUCCC